GGGAUUCAUAAAGCUUGGUUCACUUAGCACUGCGACUUUCUCUAGUCAUGAUCGGGAUUUCCUCGCACGUCUUUUUGCUACUUUUGACACUGCAGACUGUUGCUGUAGUGAAGGCCAACUCUGAAGACAAUUUGGUAAGAAGGAAAAGAUUAUGGAUUCCCCCGCCAAAGCAAUUGAUGGAAAAUGAAGACUACACUCAGGAGAAAACUGUUGCCAAGAUUCAUUCGGAUUUUGAUGACGGCAACGGAAAUAUUAUAUACUACCUAGAAGGCAUUGGCGCAAACCAACAUCCCUUCAAUGUGUUUGUAGUCGACCAGAUAACUGGAGACAUUCGUGUAACCAAAAUUCUGGACAGGGAGUUAAUUGACACUUAUAAUCUGUCAGGUAUUGCUAAGUACAAGGAUGGCAGGUUUGCAGAGGAAAAUGUUGACAUACGGUUCAAAGUAAAAGACCAGAACGACAAUUCACCAGUGUUUGCAGUCAUGAAGGCCGGGGAGGUAACUGAGCUUAGUCCUCCAGGCACUUCAUUUAUGAAAAUAAUGGCAACUGAUGCUGAUGAACCAGGGAAUAAGAACUCUCAGAUCGCCUAUACUAUCCUUGAUCAAAGCCCACCUGAUGAGAUGUUCGGCAUUUCUCAAGAUGGGACUGUCUUUGUCAAAAACCCAGCCCUGGACAGAGAGAGAGCUGAUCAGUACAUUCUGACGGUCCAAGGUCAAGACUUAAAUGGUGCAUCAGGCGGAAACAUUGCAACCAGCACUGUUGUCAUUGAUGUCAAAGAUGUGAAUGACAACCUUCCCACUUUGGAAAAAUCUGAGUAUGAAGCCAGCAUUGAGGAGAACACGGAGGGAGUGGAGGUGAUGAGGAUCAAAGCAGAGGACAUGGACAUGAGGGCCACAGAUAGCUGGGAAGCCGUGUUUGACAUCGUCAAGGGCAAUGAAGCCGGAUACUUCAGCAUUAAAACAGACCCCGCAACCAACGAGGGCAUCCUAAUGCUCGACAAGGCUGUGAAUUAUGAGGAUGUGGAAAACCUUGAACUUGGACUGGCUGUAAGGAACAAGGCUGCACCUUAUGGUGGAUCUGGAGGGGCAUCCGGGGCAUCCGGUGGUUCAGGUGGUUCUGGUAGUUCCGGUGGUUCAAGCGGUUCCGGUGGUUCCGGUGGUUCAAGCGGUUCCGGUGGUUCCGGUGGUUCCGGUGGUUCCGGUGGUUCCGGUGGUUCCGGUGGUUCCGGUGGUUCCGGUGGUUCAAUCGGUUUCGGUGGUUCAAGCGGUUCCGGUGCUACAAGUGCUUCAGGUGCUACAAGUGCUUCAGGUGGUGGAUCAGGAACCACAUAUAACACCUAUCCCAUCAAAAUCAAUGUGAAGAACCAGCCAGAGGGGCCAAGUUUUGACCCCAAAGUAAAAGCUAUUCCCAUCUCAGAGGGAGGCUCUGUCAGCAUUAAUGAAGUAAUUGGCAGCUACACCGCAAUAGAUGGAGACACUGGGAAAGCAGCUGAGAAUGUCAGGUAUGUUAAAGGCUCAGAUCCUGACAACUGGCUCACAAUUGACCCAAAGACAGCUGAGAUCAAACUGAACAAGAUGCCAGAUAGAGAGUCUUCAUACCUGAUCAACGGGACGUAUUUUGCUCAAGUACUCUGCAUUACAGAAGACAUGCCUUCUAAAACAGCCACUGGCACAGUAGCCAUCCAGGUGGAGGAUUUCAACGACCACUGCCCCAUGCUAACCAGUGACUUCCAGACUGUAUGUACCCCUCAUGAUGCCGUUAUUGUGGAGGCUAAAGAUGACGAUUUGUUCCCCAAUGGAGCUCCUUUUGUCUUUGAAAUCAUCCCAGAGGUCACUAAGGGCAAAUGGCAGGUGGAGCACUACAAUGACACUGCAGCCAUUCUGAGGGCCAAGGAGUCCCUGUGGCCCGGUUUAUACGAGGUGACUUUUGUGGUGAAGGACCAGCAAGGGCAGGCCUGUCCAGAACCACAGAAAGUGACGAUCCAAGUGUGCACCUGUGAGGAUGGGGAGAUGUGUGGAGAACAAGGCAAAAAUGGUCAGAGCAAAAGAGACAUAGAGUUAGGACCUGCAGGCAUCGGACUGCUGUUCCUGGGUCUGCUGUUGCUACUAUUCUUACUUCUGUUGCUGCUCUUCUGCAAAUGUGGGGACGCCGCAGGCUUUACUGAGAUGCCUUUCGACACCAAAUCUCACCUCAUUAACUACCGCACUGAGGGCCAAGGCGAGAACACGGAGGUGCCGCUACUGAAUUUGCCCGUACAACAGGAUGCAAAUAUGGUCAUGGCUAAAAACACUUUUGCAGUGGCGCCCAUGGCAGGUAUGGGUUUCCACAAAUCUGUCUCUUCAAUGGAUGGGAUGAACGGAGCUCUUUAUGGAGAAGGUUUCACAGGAGCCCAGAGAGAAGAAACAUGGGGGAAUCAGCCCAGCAGCAGAGGCUACUAUUCAGAGUUUGAGAGCAGAGAAUCAGGAGGAGGGGGAGGAAUGUAUGAUGGCAUGGCUCUGCCAGACUACUUUCUGGGACAGUACUACGGUCAGAAGGUGAGAAGCGAAAACGAAAACCUUGGAGGGAAGGAUGGCCUUUUAGUUUAUGACUACGAGGGUCAGGGCUCCCUAGCUGGAUCAGUGGGCUGCUGCAGCCUCCUGGAGUCCGAGAACGACCUGCAGUUCCUCGAUGACCUCGGCAUGAAGUUCAAGACCCUGGCUGAGGUGUGCGGAGGCAAGAAGAUCCAAACUGAGGUCAAACCAGCCUUCAUUCCUCAGCCUAGUCCCUCCAUCCACACUCACACCUCAGCAUCAAGUGUGAUGACCCAACAGAUGCCUCCUCCGUCCCAGGUGCAGCCGCCCGCCCCUCAGACUGUGGUCAGGGAAAAAUCUGAACGUUCUCAGGUGGUGAAGGAUGGCAGGGCCAGAGCAAUGGAAGGGAUGACCACAGUGAAAACAGGGAGGACCACAGUAAAUGAAGGGAUGACCACAGUGAACACGGGGAGGACCACAGUAAAUGAAGGGAUGAUGAAUCAAGGCCAGAUGAUUUUGCUACAGCCGCAGCCGCAGCCCGUCUACUACACCACCGCCAACCCUGUGCUGCAGCAGAUGCAGUACAUAGUCCAGCCACAGGUUCAGAACACUGUGAUGCUGGCGGAUGCACCAACCUCUAACCUGCAGGGCAUGGUACUGCUCAACGGCACCCAGACUGGACAUGCCCAAGGCAUGGUUGUUCAGGGACAGACAAUGAUGUCCAGCGGGCAAGCCGGGGGCCAACGCAUGGUGCUGUUGGAUGGGAACGGUAUCCAUGGAAGUGGUGGCAACCUCAUCCACACUGGCAACCUUUUUGGCUCCCAGACCAUGAUGGUGGUGGAGGGAAAAGUCCCUACAGGGACAAUGAAAGGGCAUCAUGGCAGUCAGACCCUCCUCAUGCAGGGGGGCACUCUGCAGUCAGGGGGGCUUUCAGGAUCUCAGAAGGUCCUGGUGGUCGGAGGGCAAAGCAAGGGAGGGCAUCUGGUCCAGGAGGCAGGAGGUCUGUCUCAAAAUAAUGGCGUCUCUGGCUCUAAAAAGGUCCUUUAUAGCAAGUGCAAAACAUCUGCUGGCUCUCAGAGCAACGUGGUGACUUCCUCUAGCACCACAGAGAGCAAAACCCCCACCUACCGCAAGGUGUUGGUGCAGGAGAAAUUCACUGAGUUAUAAUAUAGGAAUGGAAACUGUAAAAUAGAGUUCAAACUUCCGGCAAGGCAGCCUCAGAUAUUUUAACAAGAGACACUCUGUAUGUCAAUUUAUGUUUAUUUGUGGAGGGUGUGCGUGAGCAGUUUGACAAGAAAUUAAACUACAUGUAGAUGCAUGUUCGUAUAGCUGCUUCUAUUUCCCUAAAGCGUAUCCGUAUAGGGACGGGUGGCGCAGUGGUCUGCGCGUUUGAUCAUCAAGUAUUUUUGUGAACUUAUUCUGCACUGAUAGGGUAUAGGGUUAGCGUCAGAAAGUAUAGGGUUUGCGGCAGAAGUUAUGUGGCAUGCAGAAUGGACACAAUUACAUUUAGUAAUUAGGAGAUAGUCGAUAUUUUUAAUACAUUGAGCUCAAUGGCCACCUGCACAUUCCACCUCAGUAAAACAAAUAUAGUUUCAAGGUAGACUGCAUUACAGUCAAAAGUUAAGGUAUUCUAAACAUAUAAUCUUUGAGGUGCUCUAUUUAAAUUCAAAGCUGAUUUCUAGAUAAUCUUGUGUGUAUUACAAAAUUAAUGUUUGUGAGAAACAAAACAUAAUUGUUUGUUCUGUUCAUUUGUUUCCACUAACUUGCACUUUGGUUUUUCUGUAAUGGGACCUGAUCUAAACAUGUUUCAUCUACUUUUACAAAUGUUUUUAUAUUUGCUCUUGAAUGAAUGGUUAAUGGUAAAAUGCUGGGUACAAGGUUUUUUAAAGGCUCCCUGUCCAUGAUGUUAUGUGUUAUUAAUGUCAUUCUAAAAUCUAUAAUUGCAUAUUUUGCUAUGUUUACGAAUGUAACGUUAUACAAUUUUUUUAAAUGGUAAAAAUUAGGGUUGAUUCAGUUGAAUAGAAACAGAUGUGUUGGGAUACAAAAAUGUCAAUGUAAAUGUCUGUCCCCGUAUAUCUACCACUAACCUCAAUAAACGUUUCUACAAUUCA